GUUUCCAGACUCCUGCUUUCAAACAAUAUCUUUGAACCUGUCCCCACACUGCAUACUGCCACAAGCCUGUCCCCCUUUGGAUAAAUCUUCACAUUUUCGGGCUCUUCCUUCCCAGAUAGCUGGCAGCAUUUCCAGUUUUCAGCAGAAGCUGAUCGAAUCAAACUGAAGACUUUUGAGUCAUUCUACUGCGGUCCAAGGAAUCCAGUCUCCCCAGGACAUUCUCUGAUGAGGUCUUCUGAGCCGCAGGCCUCGCAAAAGAGAAUGUGCUGUUUCUCAAGCAGGAAGGCGUUUUGUGGCUGAGUCUAAACUGAAACAGGAGUUUCUUUGUGCGCGCACACACACACACACGCGCGCGCGUAGGGAAACCGUCAUUUUCCUACUCGCGCCCUCUGACAUCAGCCACCUUGUCUGUAGCUACAGUUUCUCUGCACUCAGAUAUUAAUCCCAGGAGGUGAAAAAUGAGCCUCUCCCCCACCCUUGCUGCCGCCUUUCGCCUCACGCCCCCAGAGAAGAGUUUCUUCACCAGGCAGCCGGUGAAGGUUUUUUUCCAAGUCACAUGAUCCAGGAUACAGGGGAGAAUCCUUCUUGGAACGGAGAUGGGCCCAGAACCGAAUCAGAUGAGGACAGAUAAGGUGUGAUGUGGGGGAGACUAUAUAAGAAUGGACCCAGGGCUGCAGCAAGCACUCAACCGAGUGGCCCCUUCUCAAGACGCAGUCAUGCAUGUGCCAGGAGGCUCCGUCGCCAGCCACUUGGGAACCACCAGGCGCAACUACUAUUUCACCACGGCCACGCUGGCUCUGUGUCUCGUCUUCGCCGUGGCAACCAUUAUGGUGUUGGUAGUUCAGAAGACGGACUCCAUUCCCAACCCACCCGGCAAAUUCCCCCUGAAAGGAGGAAAUUGCUCAGAGGACAUCUUAUGUAUCCUGGAAAAGGCUCCGUUCAAGAAGUCAUGGGCCUACCUCCAAGCGUCAAAGCACAUCAACAAAACCAAAUUGUCUUGGAACAAAGAUGGCAUUGUCCAUGGAGUCAGAUACCAGGAUGGGAACCUGGUGAUCCAGUUCCCAGGUUGGUACUUCAUCAUCUGCCAACUGCAGUUUCUCGUGAAAUGCCCAGAACAUCCUGUCGACCUGAAGUUGGAGCUUCUCAUCAACAAAGAUGUCAAAAAGCAGACACUGGUGACGGUGUGUGAGUCUGGAGCACAAAGCAAAAACAUAUACCAGAAUCUCUCUCAGUUCCUGCUGGAGCACCUCCAGGUCAACACCACCAUAUCAGUGAAGGUGGACAAAUUCCAGUAUGUGGAUACAAACACCUUUCCUCUUGAGAAUGUGUUGUCCAUCUUCUUAUACAGUAGCUCAGACUGAACCAUUCUCCUGGCCUUCAGGAAGAAAGCAGCUCUCCACCAUACAGUACUUCCUCCAUCCAAACACUUGGGCAAACAGAAAACUUUAGACCAAGACUGAAACCACAAAGGGUUCAAGACUACGCUUCUCCUUCUGUCUCUUGGGAAGAUACAGCUCCAGAGUCAAAACUGUUUUGAGUGAAGUAUCUUUCAGACAGAAGGCAGGGAAGUAAUGUGGUGUGGUGGACAGAGUCCCCCACGAGAAGCAGAAGGGCUCGAUUUAUGCCCCAGCCCUACCACUAACUCACUGCAUGACCUGGAGCUACCCCUUUCCCCUCCUUGGACCUCAGGAUCCACGUCCGAGAAAUGAAGGGGCUGGAUUUGAAUCUCUCCAAAGUCUCUUCCAUCUGAGACCAGGCUCCCUCAUCACAGACCUGCGAACUAAGAAUCAAGGCAGUGUUCCAGAAGCCCCCAACUCAAGGAAAGGCCCCCACACCAGUAUAAAACCAACCUCAUCUGGCUGCAUGUCACUUUAGCAGAGUCAGAAUUGAACGACAAGGUUCAGGGUACCUUGCCAAAUGGUGUGAACUGUAGGAUCUAAAAUGCGAAACAAAAGAACUGCCAGCUGACCCUCCCGAAUCUAAGAGGCCAUCUGAGCAGGCUUGACUCCAUUCCAGUUAAGACUGACAGUAAGUCAACAGCAGAUAGCCUUUGUUUCUUGUCAGGAAGUGUGUGCGUGCACUUGUUGCUCAACCAGCGUGCAAUGGUCAAGGUGAUGUGGUCACUUGGUCAGGGAAUAGCUGCUGCCAUCUCCAACACGAUAUUUCUCUGUUCCCUGCUUCAAACACCUCUCAGAAAACCAUUUCUGUGGAGAGUUUUUAAGGCCCACAAAGUUGUCGAUAGACAACAAGGACCCUGAAGAUGGCAAAAAGGACUUCUGAACAAUAGCAACUUCCUCUCCUGACUUGGGUAGCCAGGGGAUUUCUCUAAUUACAUCAAUCUUUGCAUUUGACCAUCAUCUUUCGAAGGGACAUCCUAUUUGUUUGAAAGAAGGACCAUUUGACUUGAAGUGUGAGCUCUUGAGGUUAUGCUUCAGAAGGAAAAGGGACUUUUAACUGCUGUGCAAAAGACUGGAGAAAAAUUUUGCAUUUUUCUCAAGAAGGAGGAGAGAAAAGAAAGGAGUAGGAAUUCAGAGAAAGACUAAAAAAAGAUUGAAAAGAAGAAAAAAAAAAAAAAAAACCCAGGCGUCGUGGAAUGGAUGAGAGGGACUUGGGAGAAUAAAUUGGCGAAGGGACAAUUUUAAGCCAUUUGCUGACGGGUGUGCUAUGCCAACCUCCUCCUAGGUCUGCUCUAUGAAAUAUUCAGGAAAGUCCACAUUUCUCUUUAACACUUUCCAUGAGUAGAUUCUCGGGGAGGAGUGGGCAUUGGAAGAGGUGUUGAAUUCAGCAAGCCAAGUGGUAUGUGGUAAAAACAUAGACAGGUUUUAAGGACCCAAAGCUAGAGAAAAACAGGGCAUGUGGCAUUCAAUUUAUGCCCUAACCCUGUAGGACAAGUGAAUCUUACUUAAAGCAACUCAUGCAUUACUGAAAAGGUAUCUACAAUCUAAACACAGGCAAGCUAAGAAAAUUUUCUACCGUCUCAUAUUCUAACUCGAGAAAGAUUCCAUUUUCAUUUUUCACCAGCCAUCCUCUGAGCAGAGGUACCUGAUUUUUACAUUGGGAGUGGUUCCUCAUGUCAGUCUCUGUCAAGUGAUGCUCUGAAGGCCAACAGCUGAAGACACAAGGGGGUAGAGCAUUUAAAGGAAUCUUGUAGCAAGACAAAAAUAUGAAAAGAGGACAAUCAUUAAGAACUCAGUUGAAAGAUACAUAGGGAGUGGACAUUCUAGGAAGUUUAAAACUAAAUUCUGUUACUCCCUGAGGGUUAACCAGCGCCUGGGAAUGUUAUGAACCAAUGGCAUCAUCUAUGCAAGUGAAACAAAUAAUUUUUCUAACUGGGAACCCAGGCUACCUGAAACAAAUGCCUCUUUGGUGAAAACGCAACUGGAACUCAGUAAAGUGAGCCCUCCAACCCCAACACACACACACACGCGCACACACACACACACACACACACAGAGUAUGCUUGUAGAACCUGUGCUUGAGGAAGGUGAUGGGUGAGUUGAUGAAAAAUAGCAAGUCAGUGUAGACUAAAUGUAUUUCUGCCCUUGGGAAAAUUCACAGGACUUUUUUCUGCACAUUUGCUAAGUUUUUCUUCACCCAGUCUCUCUCUUGCCCACCGAUGCCUCCUAUAAAGCCCCUAUCCAAUUCCUUCUCAGAAUCUUCCAGUCACACAAAGCCUGGCUCGGAGAAUGGUCCAGUACCCAAGAAGGGUUGAUAUGAACAGUCUCUAAAGGGAGAAAGUGCUGAAGGAAACUGGGCAGAAUUUACCAAAGAAGGGAGCCCCCCAGAAUCCCUGGAAUACUACUGAUUAUUCUGGAACCAGGGGACAAAGCUUUUAAAUUAAGAGGAUAAAGCAGUCAGUCAAUGUCAUCUCUAGAAAGAUCCUGAGAGAUCAGCUAAGCCAAUGUUUGAAUGGAAGCCCAACAUGGGGCAAGGACUGGUCAAGUCCUCACAUGUGAUUUGUGACAGAGCAAAGAUUGAGCCCAGCCUCCCGACUCCUGUCUCCAUUAUUUCCCACCAGGAUUUUCAGUCCUCCUCUGUAGGCUGUCUGUAAUUCCCCACCUGACAUCUUUCAAGUCUUGCACUGGAAUAGUCCCCAGCAUUCAGGGAUUUCCUCUGCUUUGUCCCCACUCCAGUCACUCUGGGAUCAUCAUUUUAUCAUGACACACAGAUGGUCUGUAGAUUCAGGACAUGGUCAAAUCACAGAAAAGGGUUAGGGUCUCAUGAUAUGAAAUUCUCUCUCUCAGAAACUGAAGAGAUAUAUGAUAUGGUCAAUAUUUUUUCAAAUAAAAAAAUUAGAAGCUUGUUGUUUUAACUUGAAGUUAUGCAUAUAUGUGUGUAUAUGUAUAGAAAAUGCAUGUAUGUGUAUUAUGUACGUAUGUGUAUUAUACACACAUAUAUGUACAUGUACAUAUCUGUGUAUGUGUGUGUAUAUAUAUACUUUUCCUUAGCAAUUGUUUUACAGGUCAUCUGCUUAACCUAGGAUCAGGGAAAUAAGUCUGAAUCUUGCUCUGGCAUUGCAAAAUUGAUAUACACUCGUAUUUAUUUUUAAUUAUGAAAAGAACAGAAAAUAAUAUUUUUCCCAUGCCUCAUCAGCUUAUUUAAUAACUAUUAAUAUUUUGCUAUAUUUUCUUCUGCCUCUUUUAAAAGAGUAAACAAUACAGAUUGAGCUAAAGUCUCACUCCUCAUCCAUUUCCCUACGCCCUCCCCAGAGCCAUUCUCCGGACGUCAAGGCACCCCCUUUGCUUAUGUAAUUUUAUAUUUGUUUUUCCAUAAGAAUAUGUAGUACAAUUUUGUGUGGUUUUUUAAAUUUUAAUAAAUAUCAUGCUUUAUAUAAUA